AUGUUUACAGAUGGGAGCAACGAACCUAUUCUUUCAGACCCAUGGCUAAUUCAGUUUCUGCAAGAUGACAGUCAAGGGUUGCAUGAUUUAGUGAACAAUGUAACAGAACAAGCUGCAAGUUUGGCAUUAAACGAACAAAAUGUAUCAGCAGAACCAAAAAACUCUUACUCAUGGCCCGAACAUGAAAGAUUAACAGGCGAAAUACUUAAUAAAGCAGCGAACCGAGUAGCAGCAGAAACUUUCAAGAACAUUUGCGUUUACCAUCCGACACAAAAUCACAGGCCUUCACAAGAUGGAUCAACUAUUCGACCUGAUUUCAUCAUCGCGUGGAGUUAUAAUGGUGUGCGAAAGAACACAGCAGUUGUCGAUGCAAAGGAUUAUCAUGGACAAGUUCCACGAACAGAAUAUGAUAAGAUCCGUCGCGACAUGGGUGAAACAAAAGCAACGCGAGGCAUCCUUGUACUCGGAGAAAACGCCACUAUAAGUGACAAAUUACGUGCCGAUAUUGAAAAAGAUAACAAAGUUGAUAUUGUUCAAAUGCAAAAAGACCAAACCAAUGUUAUUCGAGAUGUGUCACAACAUAUUGGCAGAAUUAUUGAUAAGAAUUUCGCUCCCGACGACAAACGAUGGGAAGCAUAUAAAUCUCAUGUCACUAGCACUGAAUAUCCAAAAGAACGAAGACCAAAUCCAUAUGGAGAGAAUGACAGGUACACAUGCAAUAGUACUUAUCAUCAAUUCAAUUAUCCUCGAAAACAGGAUGGUACCGUCGAUGAACGAUAUGAAGCAAAUCGAGAUCGAAACAAAGAUGGAGUACCAGACAUGCGCAUGGUACACAAUAAGAGCAAACAAGCUCAAAUUCAACAUUUAAACGAAGAUAGAUCAGAAGAUAUGCGCAGCAAGGAACAUCGAGAAGAGUUGGUAGACGAAACUGGUCAUCGUUUGAAUGUUGAUGAAUCGCUAGAUAUGCGCUGUAAAGAAAAUAAAGUUGAUACGCCAACAAAUACUUCAUCUGAUAGUAACAAUGGUCAGACAAUUGAAAUCAGCGACAUGCGUAAAAAGGAAAAUCGACCAGACAUGGUCGAUGACGAAGGUCACCAUUUAAAUGUGGAUGGCUCUUCAGAUAUGCGUUUCAAGGAAAAUCAAGAAGUCAAUGCUUCGUCUUCAGGUAAACCCCAUUUAAAUACAAAUCAAAUAGCACAAGAAGAAAUUAACGAGACUGAUACGACCAUUCCAACAAAAAAUAAUGGAACAGCCGAUAUGCGAUAUACAGUGAGUAAAGAUGCUGUUGCUUCGGGUAUCAUCGAACCUGACGAAAAGCUAACAGAAGAGAGUGGCACAAUACCUACUGGUGACAAUGAAGGAUUUGGAGAAGGAUCCACAUUAACUGAUAUUCCAACUAAAUCCGAUGGCACUGCCGACAUGCGGUAUAAUGCAAGUCAAGAUGCUGUUGCAUCAGGAGAUAUCAGCCGUGAUCAAGUACUUAGCGGCGGCAGCGACUAUUCGAUAAGUGAAACUGUUGAAUCUUCUCCAGGUAAGCAGAAGUUAGCUCAUUCAUUAAUCUGCCUACUUCAUCUUUACUUUCUUCCUCCAGCGAUAAUGGAUAAUACUGAAAGUAGCGGUGGACCUCUUAAAGCAGAUGGAACGCCAGAUAUGCGUUUCAGUGCUAACCAAUAA